AUGUCGCCACAUCCGGUAGCGCCGCUCUGUCGUUGGUCCUAUUUUGCAACACACUGUUGCGUCGGUGUUGUGCACUUGCCCUGCAGGGGAUCAAUUCUCGGGGAGCCCUUGUGGAGCUGCCGCCUACUCUUGACGGAAUGUGGCUUUUCCGCCCUUCCUCCGCCACAGCAGAAAGCGGUGUGUAGUCAAGAAACGCUCACAUUAAAGUGUAGAGGCGUCCCUUUUGUUGAGUUUAGUACCUCUGAACUGAAAGAGGGUGCGCUUGUGCAUGUUGUAGCAAAAAUGUACAAGAAGCCAAGGUUUAUCCCUAUUCAUGGCACAUACGUGGAGGACACGGAGCUGCUUGUCUCUGAACAGUUUGGAUCACUUGUUCUUCUUGGGACACUGUGA